CAGCCUCGCCAACUUCGGGAGUGCUGCCGCAUUCUAAUCUUUCCUCAACCACUCGCAGAUAGGAGGAAACGCAGCCGCUGAAGAGUUGAUCUCACCUCAGCUUCGACAGGCUGCCCUUCGACUAGGAACGGAGAGAAGAAAAAGGUAGAAGAGUAAGGAAGUAUUGGAGAGAGGGCUACAGACUCGGUGACCGUGCCGUAAUACACAGGCGAGUGAGUGGAUGUAAAGUCGCAGAGUGAUCAUCGAGAGCACAGAGUGGGUGAAUCAAGGCACGCUGUAUCUGUCACUGAAGCCGGACUCUACGUCAUUGUCAGCGCGGGGACUACAUCGCCUACGUAUAGACCACUCUACCUUCACCUAUCCGAAGAAUAGGAAAAAUGGCGAAACUCUGUGAAGCUUACGCGUUCGUGCUUCUGGUGGCGUGUUUCUCCACGGACGUGCUCCUUGUGCACGCUGCGCCCCAAGAAAACUUCGGGUUUGGCGCCCUGCUGCAACCUACCUCAAAAUCAAGAUCAAAUCCUGAACUGUCCACCAGUUCACCAUCAGGCGACGCCGCCCGCUACCUGGACUCAUCGGCAAAAGUUUUUGACUCAGUUGUUCCCGGGAAGUUUGCCGAGAAGCUGCUGCCCAAGUUUGACGGCAAGAAAGACAAGGUGUGCUACAAAUUCGUGGGCUGCUUCAGCAACCGGGACAGGUUCACACACCCGACUUCGUUUCCCAGCGAUCCGGAGCAGGUGGACACAAAGUUCAUGCUUUACUCGCGCUCCAACCGGCGCUCACCCGUGAAGCUCGACUACCGGCCCACGAAGAGCAUAGGUAACCUCGCCCAGUUCAAUCAGCGCAAGCCUCUUAAGCUCAUCGUGCACGGUUUCCUCGAGAGUGGCAAUGUCAGCUGGAUCCAGGGCAUCAAGGACGCAUUUCUGGACGAGGAGGACUGCAACGUAAUAAUCAUCGACUGGAGCGGUGGAGCCCAGCUGCUUAGCUAUAUCAAGGCAUCGGGCAACACUGCACUCGUGGGCCGCGAGACAUCGCUUCUCGUGCAACGACUCAUCGGCACCUACCGCAACACGCUUAGCAAGGAUCAGGUGCACAUCGUGGGCUUCAGCCUGGGAGGCCAAAUUGCGGGCUUCUUCGGCAGACACUUCAAAAACAGCACCGGCCAGCUCAUCUCGCGAAUCACAGCUCUGGACCCAGCCGGACCACUGUUUGACAACACAAGCGUCUGCCUCUCCGUGAGUGACGCCCAAUAUGUUGACGCAAUUCACACAAGCGGUGGCAAGCACCUCGUAGUCGGUGAACUGGGCAUCGACAGGCCAGUCGGCCACGUCGACUUCUACCCCAACGGUGGCAAGAAGCAACCAGGGUGCAAGCCGAUUGAUUUGCCAUGCGACCACUUCCGAGCUACUGCUUACUUCCUCGAGUCCCUCCGCAACAAGCGCUGUCGCUUCCUGUCCAAGUUCUGUGGCGGAGGCUUCCCCGCACUGGAGCAGAAUAAGUGUCAGUCAAGUGGCAAGGGGGGCCUCAUGGGUUAUUUUAGCCACAUGGCACCAGGAAGAGGCGUCCAGCUCCUCACCACCAACGACAAGCCCCAAUACUGCAAGGCAUAAAACGAUCACUCCCAGUUGUACUUUCGCCUAAACGGAGCGCCAGUGACUGAGGAACUGAGGUCUUUUCGAUCUGGCCUCGCUGUGGUGUUACGAGCAAUAGACGACAUUGUUCAUUCUGUGCAGAGAGCCUUGUUGCAGCAUCUUGAACUGAAGAAAGCCAAAGCAAUACAUACCUUAUUCCUCGAGUGCAGCGAGCGUUGUGAACUGAGUGGGAAAAUUAGCUUGCAAGAGAGGCUUCAGCUCUACAGCUGCGGUAGUGAGUAACUCCGCUAAAAGAACUCCCCGAAGGUGCUCUGCCAUGGCGAGUAAAGUGAAAACUAUCUUCGCUAUGCGUGCCUGCACCACACCCUGCGAAUGAGCAUCUAUCUGUUACUCAUAUUGUGUACAAAAUAAUAAGUGAAGGAAAUUCAAAAAUAAAAGUAAAUUAUAUACUGGC